CCAUAAGUUUGUAUCAUUCAAUUGCAGACAAUAGUUGCUUUUGGUUCUACAAGUACUAAACACUAAAUAUUUCAGUACAGUCGAAUUGAACAGUAUAUUAUAACAAUUAAUAUGAUGAAUAUUAAAAUUAUUCUUUUGCUUAGUCUGGCAGCAUACGUGGCGUGUGGUGGCGGUAAACAGACUCCGCCAACAAUAGACGGUCGAGGUUUUCGCAGUUAUGAGGCAGGUGAAAGCUCUCAAGGUGCUGAUAGACAAGGUGGUGAUGCUAAGGGUGCUGAUGGCAUCGGGGGCGUUUACCCGAACGUAGAAGAAGAAGAUGUUGACUAUGAAGUAAAUGAAGAAGAAGAUGUUGAUGAAGUACCACUAAACGAAGACAUUUUAGACAACAUUUUAGACAGUGAAGAUUUUGUUGGUAAUGAUGAUUAUUUUAUUAUCAUUUUAGACGGUGAAGAUUUUUUCGGUAAUGAUGACGGUGAAGAUUUUUUCGGUAAUGGUGACGAUGAAGAUUUUUUCGGUAAUAAUGACGGUGAAGAUUUUUUCGGUAAUAAUGACGGUGAAGAUUUUUUCGGUAAUAAAGACGGUGAAGAUUUUUUCGGUGAUAAUGACGGUGAAGAUUUUUUCGGUGAUAAUGCUCAAGGUGGUGACGGUAUCGGGAGUGACUCGGGAUUCUAAAAGAAGAAUUCGAUGCACGACACAAUUGUGUAUAAUAGGAGACUUCACGUGUUAAUUGUUCAUUAAGCUACAAUUCUAUAAUAAAAAAUAAACAUUAAUUGUAUCUAAAUUAAAAAUU